AUGUCUCAUUCAACGAGUCAGCGCUCAUUUUUCAAAGAUGUUCAGCAGCUCUAUCGCACGAUUGACACCUCAACUGACAGUCAAGCCUUCAUAGUGUCCAUGAAUGAAUUUUCAGUGAUUGUGUCGUUGACUCCUAAAUUUGGUCGCAAUGCACACGCUGCGUUUAUUGUCAAUAUUGAUUGCCCUUUGACCUAUCCCAAGGCCGGUCCUGAAGUCCGCUUCAUUACGCCAAUCUUUCAUCCAAAUAUCCACGUUAGUGAUGGUGGCAUUUGCUUAAGCCUUCUCAAAGAAUGGCAUAGCUGUUACAGCCUGUUGGAUGUGGUCAAGGCCCUCAUCUGCUUAAUUGAACAUCCGAAUUUUGAGUCAGCAAACAACCAAUUUGCAACGAAUGAGAAGCUUUACACGAAAAUGACAUUUCGGUUUCUGGCAGGUCUGCGUGUAAAUGGGCGGCGGUUCCCGCCUAACCAAGCCUGGUGCGAGUGGGCAGAGGCCAAUGGAUGCCUGCCUGUUGAUGACGAAGAGCUUGACGACGAUUCAACCGACGCCGGAGAUGCGGUGCAUGUGGAGGCCCAACAGGAGCCGAAUAAGCGCAUUGAGACUCUUCCUGGCAUUGAGGCAGAUGAGAAGACCCAUCGCCGCUUCUCGGAGGCUUCCUCCGACUCUGUUCCUUCUUUCGCCAAAAUUCGAUUCCCUCUCGAUUCUCUGAGUGGCACGUCGUCGUGUCCAUACUACACGCAGCAUUACUAUUGCAGCUACUUUAAGACACAGCGCAUCCUCAUUGGCCACCCAAGUGUGAACAACGAACCUUUACCUCCUUCAGUAUUCUACUACAGUGAGCUCCUUGGUAAUCCUGAUUAUCGAGGUGAACUCGGUGAUCUCUACAGCACGCUGUUCGCUGGCGACGUUUUGCCCGCCAUGCAGGUCCACCCUGAAUCCAGACAAACCUCCUCGCUUUGUCCCUGGUAUCUCUUCUAUCACAGAUCUUACCCCUCCUCCCGAGCCGCGGAUUCUGUCUUCAAUCUGACCAAUCUGUUCACAUUCACGGAACCACAGAGGCCUUCGUUGACUGCGGACUUUUGUCCGUGGUCCAGGGAAGAUGGACUCGGUACUCUAAACCUCUUUAAUAUGUUAUUUUGUGAAAAGGGAAUCUAUCCUUGUGGAAGUGAUGUUUCUCUUGAUGACGAUGAUGGUGAAGAUCUGGCUCAGCUUUUUAUUGAAAGCCCUCCAAUGGGAGGCGACAGCAUUGUCGAUGCAGAAAUGGAAUAUUCACCUCGAAUUGUCGAAUCAAGUGAAUUGGCUUUUGGUGCUGAAUACAAAGAUGAAGAAGAAAGUGAUCGUGAUGAAGUAGAACGGCUGCCAGCGGUCAAACCUAAGGUGCGAAAUAUGCCUUUCAAUGGUACUUCCUCAACAACUUCGUCGACAACUUAUCACAGCACACCAUACGAAUUUCCAAAUCCCCAAUACUCCUGGAGGUUUCCUUAUGAUUUCGAUGAAGCGGCCAUAUCAAUGAAUGCUUAUUUGCUUCCACGGUGGCAUUGGAUGUUUCGUCAGACACGGUGGCCCCUUCGAUUUGCGCCACAACAGAAUAUCGAGCUGUCUAUGAAUGGAAUCAGAAUCCCGCCUUGGCGAGUUAGUGCCGGACGACUGCUGUCGGAUGUCAUUAGAUUUUGUUCUGCACACCGUGAGGUGAAGAACCUCGUUCUUCUUGACCCCAUGGCUUUGUCACCGCUGUCGCCACUGCUCAAUUUGAUGCGACACUCCGUGGAACCAAAAGCUCACUUGACUGGUAUUCUGUGGAUGACCCCAAUUGACGCCAUUUCCCCCUUCUACCGCGUUCCCAUUCCUCGUCAAGAUGAGGACGCGGAGGAAGAUGUGGAGGAGCACGUCUAUCCGCAACCGGGUUAUUUGCGAUUCCUCACUGUGACCGGCUUUGUGUCCAAUUGGUUGGCCUGGUUCUCUCGAAUCGAGGCAUACUCGUCAUUGGGCGUAUCUCGUCACCAGCCAUCCCUAAUGUGUGAAUCCAUGUCGGUAUUUGUGUUGGUGCCUUGGAGUUUGGGAUGCGGACAGUCGCCACUUAUUGAUUUGUGGCCCCUUUGGUUGGGAUACAUGGAAAUGCAACGUAUCAAUAUUUGGAGUCCAACUGAUAGUCCCAAUGCCAAUACCCCGUCAGUGUUCUACUUCUGCGAACUUAUCGGUGAUCGGUACACUCAAAUGGAAUUUUAUGGUCUGUACAGCACUUUGUUCACUGGUGAUGUGUUGCACUCCAUGCAAAGUCGGCCUGAAUCGAGACAAACAUCGAGUCUUUGUCCAUGGUACAGUUUCUACCAACCUGAGCACUAUUCCAAACUCUGGGGCUCCUCUUACCUCGCCCACCUUUCCCUCCUAUUUAAUGAGAAGUUUAAUAGACCUAAACUGACCGAUGACUUUUGCCCGUGGUCUCAUGUGGACGGAAAAGGUACUUGGAACAUCUUGGGUGGGCUGUUUUUUGAGCAACAACAACAACGAGGCUCAGCAGCGAGCACGCGGUCACAAGAAGUUGUACAUGACUACGACAUGACGUUGAUUUUCAACACGAGUUCUGAAGUGGAGGAUAGUGCCGUUGACGAAGAAUGCGGAAAAGCUGAAGAAGAUGAUGAGAAGAAGAAGGGUAAUGGAAUGGAAACGUUGGAACAAGUUGAAAGAGAGGAGAAGGAAUUGGAUAAUCUGACAACUUUUGAUAAAGCAGCAUCAGAUUUGGAGGAGGAUAAGCCGUGUGAUGUUGAUGGCAAUGAAAACGGGGAAAGCAGCAAUACUGGGGUUGACUAU